AUGGCAUUGCCAACAAGGUCUAGCAUCUUGGACCUGAGCUCCAACACACAGUGCACCAGAUCACCAGAGGAAAGCCACGAAGCUUGGGCACAAUGCAAAGAUGCUGGUAGGCAGCUUCCGGAGUACAAGGCAGUGGUGGUGGGCGCAAGUGGUGUUGGGAAAAGUGCUCUCACUAUCCAGAUGACCCACCACUGCUUCGUCAAAGACCAUGACCCCACUAUUCAGGAUUCCUACUGGAAGGAGGUGGCCCUGGACAACGGGGGCUACAUUCUGAAUGUGCUGGACACGGCGGGGCAAGAUAUUCACAGGUCCCUUCGUGACCAGUGCUUGGCAGCUGGUGAUGGCGUGCUGGGGGUCUUUGCUCUGGAUGACCCCUCAUCUCUGGAUCAGCUACAGCAGAUCUGGUCGUCCUGGAGCCCUCAUCAGAAGCAGCCUCUAGUACUCGUGGGCAACAAGAGUGACCUAGUGACCUCUACUGGAGAUGCUCAUGCUGCUGCAGCUGUCCUUGCUCACAAGUGGGGAGCCCCCUUCGUAAAGACCUCAGCCAAGACACGGCAAGGUGUAGAGGAAGCCUUUUCUCUGCUUGUCCAUGAGAUUCAGCGGGCCCAGGAGGCGGUGGUGGAGGCAAGCAUGAAGAAGCCCCGACACCACAAAGCCGUCUGUAGCUGUGGCUGCUCUGUCGCCUGA